AUGGCUUCAAAACUGUUCCUAAAGACCCUGAACAUGGAGAACAGACGGUUUAACAAACGAGAGAUGUGUGGGUUUCACGGGACCGUCCGUGGGACGUUGCUCUGCAGUCGAGUGAUGGGACUAUUACCACUCAGUGGGCUUACUUGUCCCACUAGUCAUAAAUUGAGGUUCACGCUCCGCUCGCCGUACACGAUGUUCUACGCGAUCAGUCUCUUUGGGCAGGUAUUGAUGUUCAUCAUGACUUUCUGUUGGGUUGUGCUGAACGGUAUCUCCUUGGCAAAUAUGACGAAUUCAAUAUUCAACACGUCUAGUCUAGUAUCAGUUUUGAUACUGAUGCACAUCGGUCGGUGCUGGCCUGCACUAGUAGCGAAGGUGGAGUCUAUCGAGUGCAAACUACCUCCGUUCACGAGGAACGUCGGGGUUAUGAGCAAUAUUACUACGAUAUUUAUAUUUACUGCUGCUGUAGUGGAACAUCUUUUGUCAGUAUACUAUGGAUUAAAAGUGGCGUGUGCCUGCGACAUUAAUAAUGUUGGUGAGACUUAUUUUCGGUUCAGCAUGCCAUGGAUUUUUGAUUAUACACCUUACGCUGCGUGGAAAGGAGCUCUUAUUGAGAUUUUCAACAUACAGUCGACAUUCGUGUGGAGUUACAAUGACCUGCUGAUUAUGAUCAUAAGCAUAUACUUGACGGAACAUUUAUUGGUACAUAACGAGCUCCUGAAGAAAGCUGUGGAGCAGGAACAUUUUCCCUGCCAAGUAUUUCGCUCUCAAUACUUGAAGAUCGUUCAUCUGGUGAGGUUAAUUAAUGGUCAGUUCGGUAUUUAUAUACUGACCUCGUUUGGGAGCAAUCUGUAUUGGAUCUGUACGCAACUGUUCUAUAGUCUCAGUCGAACACAGACGGGGCAUUUUAUCGCAUGCUCGUUCAAAGAGCCGGAAGGCGCUAAUGCAGUUCACAUGUUUGAGAAUCAUCCGAUAUGUUCCUGGAUGUUGGAUGACAGACGAGCAUUGAACGGUCUAGAACAUUCGAUAUACUUCACCUACUCCUUUUCAUUUCUGUUGGUUCGAACUCUGAUGGUGCUGCUGUUGGCUGCGAGGAUCCAUUCUAACUCCAUAGCACCACUGUAUGUCCUGUAUGGGAUUCCCAGCUCUAGGUUUCAUGUUGAGGUGGAGCGAUUUAUAGCACAAAUAAAUAAUCUGAAAGUGGCUAUGAGUGGACUGGACUUCUUCUAUGUGACGAGGACUAUGAUUCUAACUCUUCUUGGCACAAUCGUGACGUAUGAGUUGGUAUUGCUGCAGUUCAACAGGUAA